GAGAGGGAAUACUGGAAUUGGGAGAGGGGAGAGAGAGAGAGAGAGAGAGAGAGAGAGAGAGAGAGAGGGGUGGUGUUCGUCCAAUAACAUGGCCGUGUCUGGUUCUCUGCAACUCUCCCUGGAGCUCGGAAUCUGCAGGAACCAUGGGCGCAUCAAGCGACUUCGUGUAAAUAGUUCAGCAAGAGACAAAUUGUGUACAUUGAGCAGUACUCUGCCGUCAAUUUCACUGCAACAGUUUUCUUGGAGUUCAAAUUUUUCAAAGAGAAUACACAGACGAGUAUGCACCAUUCCUUGUAGAAAUCAUCAGUUUCGGUGCCAUUGUUUUUUGAAUCCCGGGCCAUCUUUGGAUGCUAACAUUAUAAAAAAUGCAACUUUAACUUUAGCAAGAUCAAUUAAUCGUUUGCAAGGGAGUCCCAUUGUGAUUAAAUUGGCUUCAGCAGUUGGUAUUCUCAUCUUUGCAGUAUGGGGACUUGGGCCACUUGUCCGACUAAGCAGAAACAUAUUUAUGCAAAAGAGCGAUAGUAAUUGGAAAAAGAGUAGCACGUAUCAAGUUACAACCUCAUACAUUCAACCAUUGCUGCUAUGGACAGGAGCAAUCUUUAUCUGCAGAGCAUUGGAUCCAAUGGCUCUUCCCACAGAGGCUGGCCAAAUCGUUAAACAAAGGCUCCUGAAUUUUGUCAGAUCAUUGUCAACAGUUCUGGCCUUUGCAUAUUGUUUGUCAAGUGUGAUUCAACAGGUGCAAAAGUUCUUCAUGGAGAGUAACGAUCCCACGGACACUAGAAAUAUGGGUUUCCAGUUUGCUGGCAGAGCUGUGUAUUCAGCUGUGUGGGUUGCGGCUGUAUCAUUGUUUAUGGAGUUGUUAGGUUUCUCAACCCAAAAAUGGCUCACAGCCGGAGGGCUUGGGACAGUUUUGCUCACACUAGCGGGUCGUGAGAUUUUCACUAAUUUCCUUUCAAGUGCAAUGAUUCAUGCAACCCGGCCAUUUGUUGUGAACGAGUGGAUUCAGACUAAGAUUGAAGGCUACGAAGUUUCGGGGACAGUUGAGCAUGUAGGGUGGUGGUCUCCAACAAUUGUAAGAGGUGAAGACCGUGAAGCUGUUCAUAUCCCAAACCACAAGUUUACUGUGAAUGUUGUGAGAAAUCUCACUCAGAAAACUCACUGGCGGAUUAAAACCCAUCUAGCCAUCAGUCACUUAGAUGUCAGCAAAAUUAAUAACAUUGUAGCCGAUAUGCGGAAGGUUCUGGCAAAGAAUCCACAAGUAGAACAACAGAAACUGCAUAGACGAGUAUUCUUAGAUAAUAUUAAUCCUGAAAAUCAGGCUCUCAUGAUACUGGUAUCCUGCUUCGUGAAGACCUCCCAUUUUGAAGAAUAUUUAUGCGUUAAGGAAGCUAUUCUUCUUGAUCUUCUCAGAGUCAUUAGGCAUCACCGUGCCCGACUUGCCACUCCCAUCCGCACAGUUCAGAAAAUAUUUACCGAUGCGGACUUGGACGGUGUGCCAUUUUCAGAUUCUAUGUUCAGCCGUGGGGCAGUGACGAAUCGCCCACUGCUAUUGGUUGAGCCAUCCUAUAAAGUUAAUGGGGCAGAUAAGAGUAAAAGUCAAGCUCGAUCAGCACGUGCAAGUGGGGAGGAAGAGAGCAAAGCUACUGUAAAGUCAACUUCGGAUAAUAAGGUGGAUGCCAAAGAUGAAACAAUUUUGAACAGAGAUUCUAAAUCUAGAGCCACUGAUCAUAUGCCAAAAGAGAUGCAGACAUCAGAUGCCAAGGCUGAUUCUCAGUUUGCUCAAACGCCCAAAGUUGAGACAAAGGAAGACCCCAAAAUUGCUGCCAAAAUUCCAUCUGAUCCUAAUCUCAAUAACAGUACAAAACCUGCCUCCAGGACUGAUACCAAGUUGCUCGAAGAAACAAGUCCCGACGCCAAUAACUCUUCUGGUCCGACUUAUAACACUUCUGCCAAGAAGCAACCACAAAAGGUAGGCCAAGAGACUACCUCAGUUUCCGCAUCAGAAUUGGGGCCCAGAAGAUCGGACAAUGUUUCUUUGUCUAUGCACUCAAAACAAGACAUAAAACAACCAGCUCCGCAGACGCCUGCAUCUAAACAAUCUCUGGAAGAGAAUAUAGUUCUUGGAGUUGCUUUGGAGGGCUCAAAGAGAACCCUGCCCAUUGAGGAAGAAACUGUACCCACAUUAAAUCCAGAAGACGUGAAGGAGUUGGCUGCUUUGCGUAGUGGUAAUGGGCCCGCAGUAGCUGAGAAGGAUAAAAAUGAUAUUAAGAAGUCAAACAUCCCUACCUCUCCAGGUAAUGAUCAGUUAGAUCAGCAAGACUAAUGGCAUGUUGCCUCCUGCAUCAUUUCACCACAUUGAUCGGUAACCGGUGGAAGUUUGAGUUGUGCUGCUGUAACCGACGCUGUACAUACAUUCAUUUCACACAUUCGAUCUGAACCUGCCAUAUGUUUUCGCCAUUGAAUUGGUAAGUCAAUGGGAAACGGUAAUUAUCAUUGUGCUUUCAGGCAUGUCACUUGUACGUCGUCUUGCUGGGAAGAUGUCAGACAUGACACUGGAUAUUUAGGCAGCUUCGUUCAUGUAAGUAGCAGGGGCUGCUUAGACAUGAUAAUGGAUUCGCCCACAUUUGUAAUCCAAUUCAUCUGUCCCAGAAUUUGUAGAGGAUAGAAUAGAGGUUUUAAUUAAUUUUGGUGUUUUAUUCAUACCACCAGAAUGUUGUUUGCACGUUUAAUUUUUCAAUGCAUGCACAAAUCUGUAAAUAUUUGUUGUCUUUAACAAAUAAAAUUAUUUGUCCGUAUUUAAA